CACCACCUCCGCCCGCUGCUCCCCACUCGCACACCCCCUUCUUACCCACCAGCAGUAAGAGUGCCGCACAUCUCCUGGACACCGCUUGCACAUCUCCUCUACACCACCCGCACGCCGCCUGCACGCCACUCGCUGCCCCGCCGCCGGCGCGCCGUGCGCCAUGUCGCACAUGCCCUCCUCCGGCGGCGCCUCGUCGUCGUCGCUGCCACACACGCCGCACACGCCGCACCCGCUCAUGCAUCGCGCCGUCUCGCCGCCCACGCCCGCGCCCUCGCCGCAGCCGAGCGCGCUCGGCAUGGCGCGCCUCUCGUGCGCCGACGACGCCGCCAGCCUCGGCAAGCACCUCGCCCUCGUCUUUCCCAAGCUCGACGCCGCCGAGCGCAGCGCCGUGCUGACGAGCCUGCUGGGCCUGUGCAGCAUCCGCGAGCUCUCGCAGCUGCAGACGGACAUCACCGCGCGCCUCAAGAUCGACUUUCUCGGCCAGCUGCCCAUCGAGAUCAGCCUGCACAUCCUCAGCUUCAUCGACGACCCCACGACGCUGGCGCGCGCCAGUGGCGUCAGCCGCUUCUGGCGCUCCCUCGUCAACGACGAGCACACGUGGAAGGCCAUGUGCGUCAAGCACGCCUUCCGCUACCGCCGCAUGAGCCUCGGCAGCAUCUCGCUGCUCGGCAGUGCGGGCCUCGGCGGCAGCGCCGCGUGGCCGGCGCCCGUCGGCAGCACCUCGUACUCGGCCAGCGAUGCGUAUACGUACGCGCGUCUGGCGCCGCUCGCCGAGUCGGCCGACUCGUCGCGCCGCGACGACGACGAUGACGACGAGCAGCUGAGUCACGCGCGCGACGACGCCGACGCCACGCUGCUGGCGUCGCUCUAUCAGCGCUACCGCGCACGCGGCCUGGACCCGUCGAAUGCGCUGCACGAGCUGCGCACGCUGCACGAUCUCUUCCUCGCCAAGCAGGAGAGCGACGACGCGCUGGGCAUGCGGCGCGGCAGCAUCGACAUGAGCGAGGCAGACCGCGCCUUCUACGCGCAGCUCGAGGAGAUUGUGGCCGAGGAGGCCGAGGAGCGCUACGGGGCGCCGCAGCAGGCAGCCUACGCACAGCCGGCAGGCUCGCGCUUCAUGCAGCAGCCACGCGAUGGACCCUCACGCCCGCAGCCCUUCUCGCCCGCCGAUGGCUCGGAUCCGUUCGGCGACGAUGCAGAGCCGCAGCUGGCCGAGCCGAGCGGCAGCGCCAAUCUCGGCUGGCUCGGCGCCGGCUCGUGGGCGCGCACGUAUGCCGGACCCGCCUCGUCGACGCUGGCCUCCUUUGUUCCUCGCCUGGCGCCUCUGCGCUCUGCCGUCGGCAUGGCGCGCCCGCCGACGCUCUCUCGCGCGCCGGACGCUGCGGCGGGCAGCAGCUCGCGCGGCAUGGAGGUGGACGAGGACGUGUUUGCGCAGGGCCUCGGCCUGCCUGUGUCGAUGAGUGGCGUGGAGGACCCGCUCUAUCCGACGGCGCGCAUGGACGACAUGCACGUCACGCCCGCCGCUCGCCGCCUGGUGGCCGACGCAAAGAAGGCGCGCCGCCGCAGUGCUCCGGGCGCGGCGGCUGCGCUCGGCGAGCCGUCGGGCUCCUCCUCGAGCCUGGGCAUGGGCCGCCCCUCGUCGUUUGUCUCGCACAGCGGCGAGCGUGCGGCGACGUUUGCAGAGGGCAGCGGCGUGCGGCCGUUCAGCUACAAGACGCACUUCAAGCUGGCCUACUUGACGGACUCGAACUGGCGCCGCGGCGGCCGCAUGCUCACGCAGUACACGUCGGGCGACAACGGCGCCGUCGUGACGACGCUGGCGAUGGACUCAGAGUGGAUCGUCGUCGGCAUGGCCAACGCCAAGAUCCACGUCUUUGACGCACGCACCGGGCUCUAUAUGCACACGCUUGCCGGCCACGAGAGCGGCGUGUGGGCGUUGACGCUCGUGUCGCGCACCGAGGGCGCGCGCUCGCGUCCCGGCCUGGCCGUGUACAAGGGCAAGCAUCGCGACGGCGCGCUGCGCCGCGUGCCGAGCUUUGCGGCUGGCGGCGACCUGGAGCUGCUCGUGCACGACCAGCGACCAAGCGCUUCCGCAUACGCUGAUGAUGACGAGGCACGUGCUGCGGCAGGACCUGCAGGCAGCACCCUCAGCAGUCCUGGCCUCGGCGGUGGCGGUGCCUUCUCGGCGCUGCCGAAGCGGACACAUAGCGCGAUGCCUCUCGGCGACGAGGGUGCACCGGGGCGGAGCGACGACGAGACGCUCGAGUGGUUUCAUCGUGCGCGUCGGGCGAUGCUGCGCAACGGCUCGAGCCCGAACCGCCCGGAGAGCCUGCGCGAGCCGACGGCCGCCGAGCGUGCGCGCGAACGUGCGGCGGCCGAGGCCGAGGCCGACGCCGGCGCGAUUCGCGAUGCCGUCAUGGCCGACGGGACCGGCCGUGUGCCGCGGCAUCUCGCUGCGCAAGUGCGCGCCAAUCGUGCGAGGCACCUCGGCGCCGACAGCGACGAGGCGGCCGACUUUGAUGCUCGCGCCGCCGCGGCCGCCGCAGAAGACGCCUCGCUGUGGGGCAGCGCCAUGCCGCAGCAGGACUCGACGCGCUCCCGCACGGCCGGCUCAAACCCGUGCGGCAGCGUGCGGGGCUUUGGCAACGAGGAUGCCCUCGUCAUCACGGGCGGCUGCGACCGUGACAUUCGGGUGUGGAAUCUGCGCACUGGUUCAUGCCAGUACGUCAUGCGCGGCCACACGUCCACGGUGCGCUGCCUCAAGGUCGUCGAUGGACGACCACUGGCCGUGUCGGGCGCGCGCGACAGCACAGUGCGCGUGUGGAACAUCGCCACGGGCCAGCUGGUGCAUCAGCUCGUGGGACAUCAGCACUCGGUGCGCUGCAUCGAAGUCGCCGGCAAUCGCGUCGUCAGCGGCAGCUACGACUGCACGUGUCGCGUGUGGGACAUCGACACGGGCGAGUGCGUGCAGGUGCUGCGCGGACACUUCCACCAGAUCUACGCCGUGGCAUUCGACGGCGUGCGCAUUGCGACUGGCAGCCUGGACUCGACGGUGCGUCUCUGGAACGCCAAUACUGGCGAGUGCGUCUGCACGCUGCAAGGCCACACCUCUCUCGUCGGCCAGCUGCAGUUCACCGACGCCCAUCUCGUCACGGGCGGCAGCGACGGCCGCGUCAUCGUCUUUGACCUCAAGACGAUGCAGACGAAGCACCGCAUCUGCGCCCACGACAACUCCGUCACGUGCCUGCAGUUCAACGACCGCUUCAUCGUCACGGGCGGCAACGACGGGCGCGUCAAGCUGUGGGACUUUCAGAGCGGCGCCUUCAUCCGCGAGAUGGUCGAGCCGAGCGAGGCCGUGUGGAAGAUGGCAUUCAAGGACGAUUGCCUUGUCGUGCUGUGCAAGCGCGACAGCAAGACGUCGAUGGAGACCAUCACCAUGAAGCCCUUGCUUGACUCGUAGCGCCCCCGUCCGCACCUCUCCGCUACUACUCGACCUCUGUGUAUUACUUUCUCGUCGCCGAUGAUCCCUGCAUGGCUCUCUCUCCGCUUUCCUCGCUCCCGCUUACUCUCCUCUUGCGCACCCGUGGUUCAUACAUCACCCCUUGUCACCUCUACUCGGCCUUCUACCGGAAUUCCGUCUCUCUCUCUCCA